AUGCCCGCAACCACCGAAAGGGAUCAGAAUGGACAAGUCUCCGAACCGGAAAUACGGGAUGGUCUUCAGCUUCAACACCAGCAGAGCUUGGAAAUGGUGCAGAUCAUGCUCCACGUUACGCUGGGAACGCUGUUCUAUCUCCGAGAGUUUUUACCGCUUGAAUGUUUCGAUGACCGCGAUCUGAAACAGGCUCACCGAGAACAAAAAUUCUCCUACGAGGAUUUUGUUAGUAGCAGCGGUGCUCCUUCUAGUCUGUCGGAAAGUGUUUCUGAACAGACAUUCGGACAGAGAAAAAGGGGUCAACCUUUGAAGAUUUUGCUUCGAAAUACGAAUCCUAAGACAGACAUGAUUCUAGAUCUCCUGGAACAUGGAAUCUUCGAUGCCCUCAAAAAGAGAGUCUUGGAAGCGAUUCAGUUAACUGUCGUUGUGGACAAGGAGGCACCGGAAAACGUGUUGGAGACUUACACCUUUUCUUUCAAAUAUACCUCGCAGUCCACCGACCCAAACAGCUGCUUGGAGAGCCUCUCUCUAGACCCAGUGGGCUGUGUGGCGGAUAUGAGGACAACCCAAGCCGCAAGAACGGGCCUGGAGAUGAUAGUUAGGCGCCUGAUAACGCUCAGCGCCUUUCUUCCAAUUCUCCCUAAUAAGCGGAGUUUGGGAAUUCAUCUUUUCUACACGAAGGACUGCUCUCCGGAUUACGACCCCCCGGGGUUUACAGCCAGCAAGGACGACAUCAUUCGGUAUCCUUUGGAGGAGAAUUGGCGCAAAGAAAGUCAAUCUUGCGGUUCAAUGACCACUGCAGACCACAAGGUUGGUCUCAGGGUCACCUCCAUGAAGUGGACAGGCCCGGACUUAGAGGGCUCUGAUGCCGCCCCUGCGAUCCCGGAAGAUAUUGAAUAUCAUGACGAAGUAGUGCGUGGUUCGGAUAUCGGGUUCCCCGAAGACGAGGAACUCUCUUCUCAGGCCGAGAAGGCAAAAAACAAAAACGAAGGGACCACACAAUCCACAUCGAUCCACGGUGACAUGUCCCAGGUUGCGGAAAGCUCGCUCGAAUCAACGCAAGCCCGCCAAGAUAUCAUGGGAAAGCAAAGACUACAGCAGAUGAUUCCGACCUCGUCUUUCUACUCUGGAAGCGAUCUUGUUCCUACCCAGCCACUGCAUGCCAAACCCGUCAAAGAUAUCGAAAGCGAGAAGUUGUCCCAGAUCACUACAGAAAAGUUUGUCCUUUCUGCAGCCAAAGCUGCCGAGAUUAAAGCCUAUCGAUUGUUGCAGGACCACAACGAAAGUGAAAGAGGUAUGGUCGAUUGCCAGUGCGACUGGGAUGGAGAGGAACCCGAAAUGCUGGAAUGUUCCUUCUGUCGUACACGCCAACAUUUGAUCUGCUACGGGUAUCGCAACAAGCAAGAUGCUAGACUCCCCGACAUACACGCAUGCUAUAAAUGUCUGCUCCUGCCAAAUGAACCUCGUGUUUUGCGCUCCAUCCAGGAUCUUGUUCCCCUGCGCAGAGCUUUACUAGUGAUCCUCGAUGAUGGGUAUCCUUUAAAGAUCGGUGAUCUCGGAGAGAAGAUUCACUGCAGCGGGCCCACUGCGAAACAGAUCACCGAUGAGCUCAAGAAGCGGGGGAUUCUCGAAUCAACCCCCGGUUCGAAGGCCCGAGGGUUUUCCCGUACGGGCCUGCCGAGAUAUCGCAUCGUCGAGACAGAAGAAGCUCGCCAGACGAUGGAAGAGAAGAUCUUAAACCCGAUGGCUAAGAUCGAUGACCAUUACGUCCACUCCGGCACUCAUACAGGACGCAAACAGGCCGAAAAAGAUGAUAGUAGCGCCGACAGCAACGACGACGGGGAGGACAAGCAAGAGACCCCGCGGAUGAGCUUACGGCAAACGCGCAAGAGAAAACAGCUUGACGAGAAGGCGACGCCGAAAAGCGCAGCCAGCACACGCGUCACCCGCUCUUCAGAGGCCGCAGUGGCGCCUGCCACACCGACGAGCGCCGUCAGCACACGGGUCACCCGUUCUUCGGAGGCAGCCGCCCAGGCGACGCUGGCGAAGGACAGCCCCGACGGUGACCAGAGCCUGCGGCGGAGCAGUCGCAAGAAACGCAAAAUGAGCAAUUACCGGCAUCUAAUUGAUAUUGGGGCUUCUCCUAGCGGAGAUGAAAAGUGA